AUGUUGAAAUUACAACUCCUUCUGUCUUCAACAUUUCUCAUCGCAAUUUGCACUUCGAAAAAUGUAUUUCAAGGUAAGAACUGCUUAAAAGCAUGUGAUCCUCGAUCGAUCGAUUUUUAAUUUAAUUAACACAAAAUUUCACUUUUUCUACCUUUGUGGAAACAAAAAAAUUAGACCACUUUUUUGUUUGUUUGAGAGGAGAAGUGGAAAUUCACAACGUAAGAUUAGUGAGAAGAAUUAUAUAGGAUUCAGAAAAAAGAGCGAUUGAUGAUAGUUUGGAAUUCGGAGGUGGGGAGAUCUGAUAGGAAUUCCAAAACUCCCUCUAGAACCCACGUUUGAACAACUUCUGACUGGUUUUCUUGGAAUCGGAAUAAAUUUUAAAUUAUUUUCAGUUUUUAAUUUUGAACAAUAUCUUGUCAGGAAUUUUGGAUUUGAAAAUUCGCAGUAAUUUUUAUUAAAGUUAUCAAAAAUAAGAAUUAUUAUCGGAAAGUAAAAUUCAACUGCAAAUUGAUUUUUAAAAUAUUUUGGACCAAAAUUUGGAAUCCAAUUCCUUGAUUUCCAAUGUUUGUUGCUUGUUUAUAUUUUCCAAGAGCAUUGAGCAUAAAAUCAUAUUAGUGUUCUUUCUUAGACAUGCAUAUUCUAAUUUUAUUUAAUUUCCGAUUCUCAUCAUUCUUUUUCUUUUUCUCUUCUCAUCAUCCUAAUUAAAUUUUUGUUUCGUUCGUUUCGAGACCUUUCUUCUUCAAACAAAAUUAAUUACUUUUUUUCUUUUUUCUUUUUGAAAUGAGAAACCAACGGAAGUAAUUUACAUAAUUUUGAGAUUUGUGGUUUUUUCGCUGAGAAAAGAGAAAAAGAUGGAAAAUUAUUGGAGCAUGGCACCAUAAAAAACUAGAGGGACUUUUGGAAUUGACCAAUGGAAUUGGAAUCAUAAAUAAAUCAUGAGCAGUACUGACUUUUAGGCAUUUUUUCACACAAAACAUGGAAUUUUGCAGGCGAUUGCUCAUCGAAAAAAGUGCUGUGUGAACAACUUUGUAUAACAAUAUCACCGGAAACUUAUGAAUGUUCUUGCUAUGAUGAACAUGUUUUACAAGAUGAUGGAUUAUCUUGUAAAGGUAUGAGCGGGAACAUUUUUGGAAAAUUUUUGAAGAGAAAUGGGGCAGACAAUUAUUGAAAAACCAGAAAGGAUUUACCAAAAUUUGAUUUUUUGUUUUAGAAAAUUUUAAAAAAUUGGAUCAUUCUUUUUUGAAAUGGUCCGGUUUAAAUUCUAAAAUUUUGAUUCACUAUAAAAUUGAUUCUACAUUUUGAAACAAAACCCAAUUUUUCGAAUCCCAAGAUCCGGAUGGUCCAAUUUUUCCCAACCUUUUCCUAAACUCCAAAUGAAUAUUUAUUUUAUUUCCAGUUGACACAAGAGUGAAUUAUAAAAGUAUUGCAAGUACAACAAGUUCAAAUCGACCAGCAACUCGAUUGAUUCCAAUCAAGAAAUUGGAAAAGAAACCAUUGUCGUUCAAAGGAAAUAACUAUGCAGAAUUUCCUGUUAAUGAGAAUACAUAUCUGGAAACUAAUAUCACAAUUGAAUUCAAGUAAGUGCGAAGGGAACAUUUCAGAUUUUUGGAAAAAUCGGAAUUUUUGUUGAAAAAGUUUACUUCAAAUAUUCAGAAAGCACAACUUGUGAAUUUAUUUUUAAAAAUUAUUUUUUUUCUGAAGCUACAGUAACCGUUUCGAUUUUUGAAAAUAAUCCAGCAAAACUAUUUUCCAGACUUGAAGAGCAAAAAGAUGGAAUUAUAUUAUUUGCCGGACAAUUGAUUGGUGAUGAUUUCAUCUCGAUAACCUUAGAUGGUCCAAAUAUAAUCAUGAGACACGAUUGUGGAGAAGGAACAAUUGAAGAUAUGUAUCAUGGAACAUUUGGAAUUGGAGAAUGGCACGAAGUCAAUGUUUGGCGGCAAAAUUGUGAUCAAACACAAAUGAGAGUUGAUAAAGGAAGAAAACUUAUCGAUAAUGCUGAAGAAUUCAAGGUUAGAAAAUUAAUUGCAAGAUAAAUUUCAAAAAAAAAUCUGAUGUUUUUUGCAGAACUACAAAGGGAUUACAAUCGAUGAAGGUGUAUUCCUUGGCGGUGCUCCAAAUAACAUCGAAUAUUUAUCCGAAAAAACUGGAACAUCUGAAGGAUUUAGAGGAUGUAUUCGGAAAUUGAUUAUCAAUGGAGAAGUUUUGUUAAAUACAAAAGAACAUAUCAAUCAAGCUUAUGAUUCACACACAAUUUGUGAGUUUUUAUUUAUUUAUUUAUAUUUUGAGAAUUCAUAAAAAUCACAAUAAUAAUAAUUACAGUCUAUUGUCGAGAAUCAUCGAAAACAUCAACAGAUCAGAUUGAGAUGUUUGACUUAACUCAAAGAGGAAUUCCACAGAUUAAAGAACCGACGACGCUAAAAGGUAAGGAUUAGAGAACAUGAGAAAACAAUUAGGGAAAAAUAAUUGAGUACUGGAAAUGUACUGACUGAAAUAGAAGUAGAUUUUCUGUAGAGCAGCUUUGGAAAAAAAACUGGGCCCGAAAAAUGUUUGUCUGCAUCAAAAUUUCCUAAAUCCUUGGCCCUCUGAGUCGGUCUGAAGCCUGCCAAGGCCGUUACUAGAAUAAACCUAGAAUCUUAAAGCUAAAACAAAUUGAGUACUGAAAAUGUACUCACGAACUUUCUGAAAAAUUGAAUUUCACUUCUGAAACUCAAAACAUCUAUCUCCCUCCCUCUAUUUUUUCUUCCCAAUUUUCCUCACAUUUCCUUAAAUCGUUAUUCAAAAAAAAAAAGAAGAAGAUGGCUAUUAUGUGUAAUUAGGUGCUUCUCGAGAGAGGGUUUGAAAAAUUGUUGCUCCACAUUUUUUUCGGAAACAUGUUACUGCUGCUCUUUUUUUUCCCAUUGAAUAAGAAAAUGAAUUAGGAUUAUGGAAAUUUGUUUGAACAUAAAUUAUUGAGGCGGAAUGGAAUGAGAGAGGAAUUGUGUGAAAAUUGCCGCAUUUGAGAUUUUUAGAGUAGAAGAUUGUUAUAAAAUGAGCAAUAGUUUGAAAAUAGGUUUCGAAUUGCUCGAAUUGAUAAUAAAGUUAGUCUCUGAAAAUUGGCGCCAAAAUUCUUACUGUAAUUGAAACCACGCGAAGUUUUUGAUCUACCGUUUUUCAAAAUUAUGAUUACUGUAGCCUUUGAAAAAAAUAGUUCAUCCCACUUUCCAGAGAGAACCAGGAAAUUGUUUUCCAGAAGCCCCAAAAAAUAACCGGGUUUUAUUUUUGUUUUGGUUCGUUUCUCUAUUUUCUACCCCACCCCAAUCCCCCUUAUAAAACUUGCAUGAGAAAAACAGAGGAGAAGUAAAAAAGAAGAAAAAAAAAAUAUGGGCGGAGCCAAGUUUUGCUCCGCUUUCCCUCUUCUCUUUGAUUAUUUUCCUCCUUAUUCAUUCAGUCUUGCAAUAUGAACAAUUUACUGUUUCUACAGCUAAUGAUAUUAUAUUUUCCAAAUUUUCAAACUCUUCCAUUUGAUUAUUAUGGAAUGUUUAUUGAACAAAUGUUGGCUGAACAAUUGGCUGAACUUGUGAAAAAUGAAACGAGAAUUAAAAAUCUUUCAGUUGUUCAAGUAACAUCUACACAAGUUCCAACAACAACUCAGAAUGAGAACGAAAAUAUAUUUGGACAUCCAAUUUUAGUCGAAAUCGGUGAGUUACCUUGGGUCUUGCCACGAAUAGAAAUCAGAAAAUUGUUUUUGUUUGCUCAAGAAAAAGUUUUAUGAGGGCACUUUUCAUUUUCUAGUUUCCAAAUAUAUAAUAUUCAUUAGGGUAGCUGUCAAAAAAACCAAGUUUUUCUUUUAUUUUUUUUGCUUUCCUCUCCUCUCCUUUUCUUUUCUUUUCAAAAAAAACUGACGAAUAACAAAUAAUUAUUAUUAGGAAAAAGAAAAACUGUUACCAUAGAAAUAUGAAUCUCUGAUUUCAGAACAACCGACAAUCAAAAAUGAGACAACAAAUACAAUUCCAAGCUGGAAAAUUGCACACUUCAAUGGAGAAUCGAAAAUACAAUUUGAAGCGCAUCAAAGUAUUCUGGAUUAUGUAGAAGUGAUGAUUCAAUUCAGACCAGAACAAUUGGAUGGUGUACUGUAUUAUUGGAAUAGUGGACAAGCUUAUAUGUCACUUUUGAUUGAAAAUGGAAUUGUUAAAUUGUCAGCAAGUUUGGGAGAUGGGAAUAUGUUUAAUCUUGAAGCUGACACUUUGAUUAGUUUGAAUCAUUGGCAUAAAGUUGAAGUAUGGAGAACUGGAAAAGGAUUAUUGAUGAAGGUUUGUUCGGUUGAUUAGUGAAUUGCUCAGAUUAGUUAUUUUUAGGUUGAUAAACAACGUUGGAAGGAGUUAGAAAUGAGUGGAUAUCUUUUGGAUUCAAAUGGAAAUUCUGGAGAAGUUCUCAUUGGAUCAUACGGCAAAGCGAUAAAUUCCCAUCUCACAACUAUGACUGGAUUCAAGGGAUGUAUCAAGCGAGUUCAUAUCAACGGACAUGUUAUUCUUCUAUCAAAUCCUUCAAAUUCUAUUGGAGUAACUGAAUGUAAAAGUGAUCCAUGUGCAAAUUUCGGGUGUCCGGGGCAUUGUUUUGCGCAUAAUUCAGAAGCUGUUUGUGCGUGUGAAUGGCCAAAAACUGGAGCGAAAUGUGGGCAAAGAUCAGAUUCAGAUUUAUCAUCAAUGUCAUUUGGUGGGAAUUCUUACCUGGAACUAGAUGAUGAAUCAGUAAUGAAGCAGUGAGUUUUUCUUUAUGAAAUAUUUAUUUAUAUGUACUUCAUGUAUAUUUUUCAGCAUAACUGGGGAAUCUCUUGAUCUUGCUAUCAACUUCAAACUUCACAAUUUCACAUCAAAUGCAAGACAAAUUCUAGUUUCAAGCGUUGAAAGCGAUUUUGAAGAUUAUUUCGAGUUAUCAAUUGAUCAAAAUAAACUCGCAAGAUUUGUGAUUAAUUUGGGAUCUGAUCCAGUUGUUCUCACACAUCCGAAGAAAAUCGAAGAUGAAAGAUGGACCACAGUUGAAGUGAUUCGCACAAAACUUGAAAUUACAUUAUCAGUAAAUGGGGAAGAUCCGAUUGUUGGAUUCGCGCCAGCUGGACAAGAAUUAUUGAAUGUAUAUCGGAAUGUUUUUGUUGGUCAGUUUGAAAAACUUUUUUUGAAAAAAAAUGUGUAUAUUUUUUUCAGGAAACACUCCACAAUUACGUGUUCUUCGAAACGCAGAAACAACUGGUUUACAUGGUUGCAUAAUUUCUUUGCGUUUUGAUCAAACAACAAUUUCACAUCCAAAACAAGGAAAAUCAGCAAUUAAUAUUGAGGAUUGUGCGAUUUAA